UAGGCAGAACAUAAAGCCAGUAUAGAGUGGAGAAAUGAAUUGCACAAGUUUUUGUUAUAACUCAGUAUUGCAAAGAGUUUAGCCCAAAUCAUUAGAUGCCCAUUUGAAGAAGCCCAUCAAUUGUUCAAAUUCCAGAACAUUUGAAAAGCAACUUACAUGACCGUUAAGAGUCAUCCCAAUUACUUUUGGCGCCAUGAGAUGGAUCGCAUGAAGUUAGUGUUACGCCUCCUCGACAGAGCCCAAUCUCUCAAACCCUUAAAAUCUAUCCACGCCCGUCUUCUAGUCGACGGCUCUAUCGCCUCAUCUGACCUAGUCCUCAACAAGUUUCUGAGGCUCUAUGCACGGUUUGGUUCCAUCCAAUAUGCUGACAAGUUGUUUGAUCAAAUUCCCCAACCAAAUGCGUUUCUUUGGACAGCUUUGAUUCAUGGGUAUAUUGAGAAUCGAAACUACCAGGAAGCUUUGUCUUUGUUUUGUCAUAUGUGUAAAAAGUCUGUUUUGCCCUUGAAUUUUACCUUGGCAUCGGUUCUCAAGGGUUUAGCCAGGUUGAUGAGGGUUAUAGAUGGGGAAGCGGUUUAUGGCUUGGGGUUAAAAUGUGGGCUUGGUUUUGAUUUGAUUGUGCAAAACGCGGUGAUUGAUUUGUUCAUGAGAUGUGGCGAAGUAGAUUUGGCGAGACGGGUAUUCGAUGAAAUGGAGGAAAAAGAUUUGGUUUCUUGGAAUUCGAUGAUUUUGGGGUAUGGGAGUAACGGCAGAGUGGAUGUUGCGCGGGAGACUUUUGAUGAGAUGUCUGAAAGGAAUGUGAUUUCUUGGACGAGUAUGAUUCAGGGAUACAUUAAGGCUAGGGAUAUGGAAGAGGCUAGGAUUCUUUUUGACAGAAUGAGUGCCAAAGACUUAGCAUCAUGGAAUGUGAUGGUUUCUGGCUAUAUGGAUGUUGGUGAUCUUGGUUCUGCUCAGUCUAUUUUUGAAGCAAUGCCAGUUCGAGAUGCUGGGACUUGGAAUCUGAUGAUUGCUGGGUAUUGUAAAGUGGGGGAGAUGGAAAUUGCGAAAGAUUUUCUUGACAAAAUGCCACGUAAAAAUAUUGCAUCAUGGACCAUAAUGAUAGAUGGCUAUGUUAAGGCAGGGGAUGUCACUAGUGGAAGAUGUUUGUUUGAUCAGAUGCCUGAGAAGAAUCUGGUAUCUUGGUCUACCAUGAUUGGAGGCUAUGCUAGAAAUGGGCAGCCUUGUGAUGCUUUGGAAUUGUAUAAACAGUUUAAAAAACAAGGUAUUAAGCCAGAUGAAGUGCUUGUGUUAGGAAUCAUUUCAGCUUGCUCACAGUUAGGAAUUUUGGAUGCAGCUGAAUCAAUUAUUAAUGACUUUACAGGACCCUUCCUUUUUUCUAGUUUACGAAUUGUCACUAGUUUAAUUGACAUGUAUGCAAAAUGUGGAUGCAUUGACAAGGCUGUUCAAGUUUUCAAGAUGGCUUAUCAAAAAGAUUUGCUUUGUUAUAGCACAAUGAUCACAGCGUUCGCAAAUCAUGGCAUGGCUCAAGAUGCCAUAUCUUUGUUUGACGACAUGCAGAGGACAAAUAUAAGACCUGAUGGAGUUGCAUUUCUUGGGGUUUUGACUGCUUGUAACCAUGGGAGACUUGUUAGUGAGGGCAGGAGGUAUUUUAAACAAAUGCUGGAAGAACACAGAAUUCAACCCUCGGAAAAACAUUAUGCAUGUAUUGUUGACCUUCUUGGUCGAGCUGGGUGCCUUGAAGAGGCAUAUAACCUUAUAAGAAACAUGCCUAUUUUACCUGGUGCAGUUGUUUGGGGAGCUUUGCUCGCUGCUUGUAGGGUCCAUUGUGAUGUACAAUUAGCUGAAAUUGCUGCAGAUGAGUUAUUUAAGAUUGAGCCAGAUAAUUCUGGCAAUUAUAUUCUCUUGUCUAAUACUUAUGCUGCUGCCAGAAGGUGGGAUGGUGUUGCUAGAAUGAGAGCAAUGAUUAGGAAGAACCAAGUUAGGAAGAAUAGAGCUUCUAGCUGGAUUGAGUUGGGAUGUGUAGUCCAUGAGUUUGUCAUGGGAGAUGCUUUGCAUAUUGAUUCAGAAAGAAUAUAUUUUACCUUAUAUCUGAUCAGUGAAGAUAUGAAACUUUUGGGAUUUUUAAGAGAUUCAAGAAAGGAAGAAGUAUUGCCAUCCCAUGCUUUCUGGCUUUCUGAUGUGUACUCAUAUAACAUUUUGGGAGAUGGCUGAUCACAAGAAAUUUUUCAGAAAAUGAUUGUUAUUCUUUCGCAAAAGAUCACUCUUCUUUGUUAUAGGACAUUGUCAACUGCUCCGUCAACAUUUGCAGCCUGUGAGAAUGUAAUGCAUUGCUCAUAUUUUUAUUUGGUUUUACAAAUCAGGAUGAAAACAAUUCGAGGAAUGCAUAACAUGAUUAAAACACUCUUUUUCUUUGGUGGAUGGACCUAUUAUUCAAGAAUCCAGGUGCCAAGGAAACAAAAUUCAGGGAUCCACCAGUAAGCUUUAUGAUAUCUUUUGGAAAUUUUUACAUCUUUUGCUAUCAAGUUGUACCUUCAACUUGUAACUUUAUGAGGCAAAGCACCAUAAAGUUGUGGCCAAGAUGCGAGUGCCACUAUUUUUUGUCCCAAAAGUUGAUGUCUAUAAGGUAAAAACCUGGUGUCCUGUAUGCUGCAAUUUUGAAUGAGCCGGUUGAAAAAGAAAAGGUGUAAUUAUGUAGCCAUCCAGAGUAAUUGGCUUAAGGUUUGGGUUUGAGAAUCAGAAAAUUAUAUCUUACUAUAUCACCAUUGCAUCAUGUAUCCUUGUCUCUGUUUGAUUUCAUAAUGGUAUGAAAAAUAUGGGAACUUAAAAGUCAGUGUCAAGUUCUCCUGUAUAUGCAGUUAUCUCGUCCAUUUGACUUGUUGAACCCACAGCAAAUAGAGUAUCAUACCAAGAUGAAA